AUGGUACACUACCAAAACACUCUCAAUGAUGUCUCUGCAGAGUUCACUGGCAUUCCAGCCACUGUGAAGUUGGAAGACAGCACAGCUCCAGGCACUAUUGUUACAAACUUCACUGUUGAAUGUGUAAACUCCAGCGAUACGCUCAGUGUAACCUUAGAGCCGAACGUCAGUCCUGCAGCCUCUUUUUUCAAUCCUCUGAACAUCUUAUCCCCUGGCUCCUACCAGGUGAGCCUUAGUCCCAGUGCUGCCCUGGAUGCCAAGCAGGUGAAUCAGUACACCUUGACAUACACUGCCCAUUGUGGAACAGAAGUGGCUAUGAGUGAACUCUUCAUUCACGUAAUCCCAGCAGACAGAUUAGAGUGCAGCCGCAGACUUGGUGACAUAGGACUGGUCCCAUUAAAAGUUCCAGAAAAUUUUAGUCCUGGAGGUUUUAUCUACCACACUGUCCUGAGGGAGCCGCGCACAGGCAGCUUGAACUACACCAUUGAGAAUAAUGAUCUGUCUUUGACAAUCAAUUCUGUUGGAGCCGUGCAGGCACCUGCCACAGGUUUCAGUCGUGAGCAUGCUGGAAAGACCUUCUCAAUGAAAAUUGUGGUCAAGGACAGCGGUGGGAGAAGCUGCCGCAUACCUCUGUCAGUCGAGGUGCUGCCUGUUUAUCAUAACCAAGUCAACUUCACGGCAUCAUCGGUAGCAGUAUCUGUACUGGAAAAUACGGGGCCUCUCAAGGAAAUUAUAAAAGUCCAAGCCACUGGGAAAAAUGUGCUGUACCAGAUCAUCUCUGGAGACACAACCUAUUUCACCAUUGAUUCAGAGAUGGGCGUCAUCAAGAACACGUACAACCUCAAUCUGAAACGCAAUCCAGGCUUAGCCCAGACCCUUCUGUUGGUGAGGGCCUAUGACAUGUCCCAUCCCAUGAUCAGUGCCAACAUCAUGGUUAACAUCACUGUAAAGCCGCACAACCUGCAAGGACCCUUGUGCAGCCCUGCUAUAUAUGUGGCUACAAUUCCAGAGACGACCCCCAACGGGACAACCCUGCCGCCACUGGGUCUGUCUUGUGUUGGUGCAGCAAAUGGCAACCGUAGCCUUCACUACAAAAUAGUCAACCAGAGUCCACCCUACAGCUUCCGAAUGGAGGGCGCAGAUCUGAAGGUGAACUCCACUUUGGACUGUGACUCUGUAACCAUGGCCAGCCUUAAAUUCCAGUACCGAGCCACCAUCCUGGUGAUGGACGAUGGAAGUCCCCCACGAACCACCAGCGUGCCUGUGCUGGUGACAGUGACCCCAGUGAAUGAGUACCCCCCGGAAUGCUCGCCACAGAUCUUUAGCAUUGCAGAAAACGUUGGCUUUGGAAGCUUCGUUGGAAGGGUCAACGCCACCGACCGAGACUAUCCUUUCAACUACACUGAAUACAGCAUCCCGGAUGCAGGUGCUCUCUCCCCUUUCUACAUUGGACGUCGCUCAGGGGAGCUGUAUGUAUCGGGGCCACUGGACCAUGAAAGAAUGCCGUCGUAUCGUCUGAUCGUCCACCUAAAGGACCUGGAUAAUGAUGCACCUCCUUCAGUGCCGCGCACUGGACAGUGUGUCAUCACCAUUAAUGUGCAGAACGUGAAUGACAACCCUCCUGAGUGUAAACCACCCUUUGAGCUGCAUCACAUUUAUUCCACACGGGCUAGAACGAUGAGCAUCACAGCGCUGAAAUGCACGGAUAAGGAUGAACUAAGUGAACUGAUCUACACCAUUGUUGGUGGCAACACAAAUGGACGCUUUCGCAUGGAACGUAAUAAUCUUUUCCAUAACACCUUCUCUUACAACCAUGAUGGCAUUUUUGACCCCCUCACCUUUGAGCUCCUGGUAGAAGUGACAGACAGCCGUAGUGCACCUCGCUUGAGCACCACGGCCACCAUUAUUGUUUAUGUGACUCCUUGGACCACAACGGUGCCUACUACCACCAUCACGACUACGACAGUGCCCAAGAAGCCCAUCAUUCUGUACGGCACUGAGAGAUACUGGGCACCAGAUCCCUGGUUCGUGGUGGUUCUUAUGCUCACUGGAGUGCUCCUCCUUUCUGCUCUGGGUUUGCUGAUCUGGCGGCUCUGCUGGAGGAAGGCACCAGGAGAGAUGUCUCAGUCCCUACUGCAGAACAAGGGCGACGGACUAGAAAGAAAUUACAUCGCGAUCGAAGAGCCAAGCAAGGAGAAAGGGAAAGGUUCCGCUGAGGUGCUGAGCCUGCAACAUGACUUCGAUGGCCGUGCUCAGGACCCUGUCACAGGCCAAUAUUACCUGUUUGACAGCAGCACUGGGGCACGACGUUGGGUGUGA